UCAAAUGAUGAAGUAGGGACAAUUGGGUCCUGCUGUGAGAAUCCAGGUGAGGUAACAGUCAGACACGACACGUUUGUUUCCACCAACCAACAAUCUUUACACGUCGGCACUUUUCGCCACCCUCUUCCUUCCUUCCUUCCGUCGCCGGCGAUGGCAUGGUUUCAAUCAUCAAACCGGAAAGUCCAGUUACCGGCCCAAACCCGGCCGGUCCUUGACGAUGACGAACGGAUCGCUAACGACGACGAAGAUGCUGAAAGUUUGAAGCUGACGCCCACGGAUAGCAGUGUCACGGAAGAUCAAAAUCGAGAUCCUUUCAUGGGAGUAAAGGUACGGAGAAAAGCUUCGUUUCAUAGAAACUACAUCGGCGAUUACCUUGACGUGCCUUCUCGACCCUAUCUCAUGAAGAUUCUAGAAAAACAAGGUGACAAGAAAGUCCUCUUUGCAGACAAAGUUUUGAAGUUCACAAGUACAGGGAAGAUGAAGAGGCGCAUUCUUCUUAUAACUGAUUUUGCCGUUUACAUUGUGGAUCCAGACAUUGAUGCACUUAAAAGGCGGAUUUCCCUGGCAGCUGUUGAAAAGCUCUGUUUGAGUGAACUAAGUGAUAAUUUCUUAGCAAUUAUUAUCCCAACUGAAUAUGAUCUACUGAUAGCCAGUACUCGGAAGACGGAAAUUGUAUCUGUCUUAGUAGAUGCUACCAGGAGUCAAUCCGACUACGAACUUGAGGUGCUACUCUCUAAUAGUUUUCAGCUGAAAACGGAUGCAUCUGCAGAUAUUAUUGAAGUAGCUUAGUGUGUAUUGUUGAAGAACUGUGUAUGAGAAAAUGAUCAAGGGGCCAAGACAAAGAAAGUUUUUGGCUUGAUUUCAGGCCAGCAUAUACACUAGUGAAUACUUUGUCUUGCUUUCAUACUAAGGAUUCAAUUAUUGUUGUAGAGAAAACACUGAUUUGUUCCUUUGUGUCAGUUGUGUUACAAUGAAGCAAAUUAAUCUCUAUGCCUCGCUAGAAUAAUGAGUUCUCGAUGGACAGCCCUAUGCAAGCUGUGGAUGACCAGAAAAUCUUAAUCUUGGGACAUGUAUGUAGAUGAUAUGAUGGAUCGGAAACAGAAAAAGAGAGAGGGUGUUUGGAGCAUCUCAGUAGAUGUUUGCUCUUUUGUUGUUUUAUUUAUUUUUU